AUCAUAAAGUAUGGGCAGCGGAUUGAGAAAAAUGAAGAGGCGUCGCAAGUAUUGGUUUUGGAGAAGCAAAGAGAGGGCUGGCAAACCAAGCUGUUUCCCUUCCAAGAGCACCAAUGAGGAGGAGACGUGCAUUGGAGUGAAGAUUGCGCAUGCAAAAGCUCUUGGCAGCAGCCCCGGUGAGCGUGGCAGCCAUAGUGAAAGAGUUCAUCGUGGAUCCAGAGGUAGUGAUAGCUGCACGCGAGUAAAUGGCAAAAGCUUGGGUCCUCGCCCACCAUUGCCUCCCAAACCACGAGUGCCUCCUAAGCCAGCAAGUCUACAGAGUCCAGUGACAAAGCCACACAGCCCAUUGUGUAGGACUCCACCACCCCAACCCAAAAUGGAGGAAAGUGGAGGAGGGGGAGGAGGAGGGGGAGGAGGGAAGGGGAGAGUGUCAAACCUCAUCAGUCGCUUUGAGGAGAGCAGCCACACAGAGAGCAGGAAGGAGGGUUCUCCGCUCAAGCAGCACAGUAGAUCGCCCAACUGCAGCCCUUCUCACAGGAUUUGCCCGCGGCCGCCGGAGCCUAAAGAACGACGCAAGUUUCUGGGCACGAACGCGAGUGCUGCGGGCGAUGCACACAAACCCGCGGCCAAUGGGGAUUUAGCCCAGAUGGAUAAGGACAGAGACAGAAAUGGAGACACAGAAACACAGAGGACAGAUAUGGCCCUGGUGAACGGUGAUGCCGGGGAGGAUUAUGUGGACACUCAGAGUGCUCUCUCCCAAAGCCAUAUACACAGUACUGAGCCGGAGUAUGAACAAAUACAGGUGGAGGAAAAAGAGGAGGAAGAGAUGAGUCAAGAAGACUGGCAACAUGACCAGAGGACAGAGGACACAAACGUGGAGAAGAAGGUGAAGGAAACUAACGAGCAGAAACUUUAUAAUAUAGCCAAUGAGCUCCUACAGACAGAGAGGGCCUACGUCCUAAGAUUGGACCUCUUAGACAAGCAAUUCAAUGCCAAGCUAAUGGAAGAGGCUGGUAAGGGAACAUUCCCAGUGGAGGUAGUGAAGAAUAUCUUCUCCAACAUCUCCUCAAUCCAUGCCUUUCAUAGUGAAUUCCUACUGCCUGACCUGGAAAAACGAAUGGGAGAGUGGGAUUCAAAGCCUCGAAUUGGUGACAUCCUGCAGAAGCUCACACCCUUCCUGAAAAUGUAUGCUGAGUACAUUAGGAACUUUGACAAUGCCAUGGACUUGUUAAAGCAGUGGACAGACCGCUCCCCACAGUUCAAAGCCAUUAUACAGGACAUACAGAGCCAAGAAGCCUGUGGGAACCUUACUCUGCAGAAUCACAUGCUGGAGCCAGUCCAGAGAGUUCCCCGCUAUGAGAUGCUGCUGAAAGACUAUCUUAAGAAGCUACCAGAGGACCACCCGGACUGCAGUGAUUCAAAGAAGUCUUUGGAUAUUAUCGCUACAGCGGCCACUCAUUCCAACACUGCCAUCAGCAAAUCAGAAAACUUAAAGAAACUUAUGGAGAUUUAUGUGAUGCUGGGAGAGGAAGUGGACAUUGUGAACCCUUCUAAUGAGUUUAUUAAGGAGGGCCAAAUCCUCAAACUGGCUGCCAGGAACACCUCUUCCAUGGAGCGAUACCUCUUCCUGUUCAACAAUAUGCUGCUGUACUGCGUUCCCAAGUUCAGUUUGGUGGGACAGAAGUUCACAGUGCGCACGCGUAUUGGGAUCGAAGGGAUGGAGGUAAAGGAGACCUACAAUGAGGAUUAUCCGCACACCUUCCAGGUGUCAGGCAAAGAGAGGAUACUGGAGCUGCAGGCCAGCUCUCAGCAGGACAAAGAGGGCUGGAUUAAGGCUUUCCGGGAAACAAUCAACAUUUUUCAUCAGAAGAAUGAGACAUUUAAGGCAGCUUCUAAAGAUGUGGAGGAAGUAUCAUUAUCAGACCUUGGGAAACGGGCACCUCGCUGGAUUCGGGACAAUGAGGUGACAAUGUGUAUGAAGUGCAAGGAGCCUUUCAAUGCCAUCACCCGCAGACGCCAUCACUGUCGAGCUUGUGGUUAUGUGGUUUGUUGGAAAUGCUCUGACAACAAGGUAGCCCUGGAGUAUGACGGAAACAAGAUGAAUAAAGUGUGUAAGGACUGCUAUUCUGUGCUAACAGGCCGCACAGAGGGCGAGGAGAAGGAGGGCAAGAAGAAGGGCAUUUUGGAGAUUGAGGCAGCUCAGUUCUCAGGCAGUAGUAUAAUGUGUGGUUUCCUACAGUACUGUGAAAAAAAUAAGCCGUGGCAGAAGGUUUGGUGUGUCAUCCCUCAGAAAGAGGCUCUGGUUCUUUAUGUGUAUGGAGCACCACAGGACGUGAAGGCCCAGUCCACCAUUCCACUAUUAGGAUAUUCUGUCGAAGACACGCCUAGACCCACUGACCCUCCUGCCAGCUUCAGACUGUCCCAGUCAAAAUCCGUCCACAGUUUUGCCGCCGAGAGCGAGGAGCUGAAACAACGGUGGUUGAAAGUGAUCCGUGUGGCCGUGACAGGCGAGGUACCCGAAUGCCCUCAACCCAGUGAAACAACCACUACAGAAAACACCCAAAACGGCAGUUCAGAAGGAAUCUGA